AUGCCCGGCGCGCUCGGGGCCGGGGCCGCUCCGUCGCUGGCGGUCACGGCCGGGCCGAGCGGGGCAGCCCCCGGCGCGCCCCGCAGCGCCCGCGGCUCCGCGCCGAGCCCCCGCCGCCGCUCAGCAUGGCCCCGCCGGGGCUGCGCUCCGCCCGCGCUGUCCGGGCUGCAGGCUCCUGCGGGAGCCAGCCGCGUCCCCACCUUCGCUACUUGGGCGUGUUCUCCAAAGGAGGGAGUUGUCCAGCUGGGGGGGGGGAAGAGAGGCGGGGAGGUGGGCAGGAGGGGAACAGGAGCGGCAGAGGGAUCACCUGCCUGCGGGCAGGCUCAGCGCGAUCCUCCUCUUGCGGGCACGGCCCGGGGGAACGCGGCGGGGGCUCCGGGGGGUGUCACCGGGGGACGCCCCCGGGGCUGGCCCCGGCCCGCCGGGCGGCAUUGGUGGCCCGCACCCCGCGCUGCUCCGCGCCGGCAGCGGGGCCGCAGCUUUGACUCCGCGCUCGCCGCCCGCUCGCCGGGGCCGCCGAGCACCUGGGGCCGGUUUUAUGCGUUUGUCCCGACGCUCCUCCCCCCGGUCUGCCUCCCGCGUGUCGCGGGCUGUCCCGCAGCCUCCCGGUCCCCGCGCCGAGCUGAGCCCCGGGCGGCCGCGGCAUUCCCGGAGCGCCGCUCCGCCCGCACCGGGGGCUCGGCGGGGCAGGUGCGGGGGGAGCCGCCGAGGGGGAGCCCCGUGUGCCCGCAGGGACCUCCCCGCCGCUUUUGCGGCCGAUCCUUCGGUGACAGGGCAGGGCUCGGUCCCCGUGGCAGUGGGCGCACGGCCGUGUCCGCGGUCCGAGCCCACGCCGGGGGCGGCCCGGGGGCUGCGGCCGCCCGGGAGCUCCGCGGAGCCGCCCGCCUGCCGCGGGCGGGGGCGCCGGGCCGGCCGGGAAGAGGAUCCCGGCUCCUCGUUGCGGGAAUUUACACGGAUAUGAAACAUUAUGACGGGAUGCCUCAGCGUCCCUCGGAGGAGCCGGGCCAGAGCCCCCCGAGGAGUCGGGCUGGAGCACCUCUCACGGGGCAGCGGCCGGGGCCGCACGGACCCGCUGCUCUCCCGAACCACCCCAGGGGGGUCCGAGCGGGGCGCAGCCGGUCCUGGGGGGUGGGCCAGGCUUGAAACAGGUCCUCUGGGUGGAGAAAGCCCCUGGAAGAGUGAAGUGCCAUGAGGAGGCAGCAGAAAGGCUGUGCUGCACUCCCUCGCUCAGCUGCUGUGGGUGCUGACAGAGCUGUGCUCCAGCCCAGUGCCAGGGGACAACAGGGACAGGUGUCCAACAGGCAGAGGUUUGGGAACCUGGGAGAGCUGCCCUGCCCCACACACGGCAGGCUCCUCCAGCAAAUACAUCCACAGCUUUUUGUGCUUCAUUUCUCCGAUUUUUUUUUUUUCUUUAUUUCUAAUGUGGAAGCUAGUGAUGAUCUGUAUAAUUCAACCUCAGCUGUUUAACACAGCACACUGAUAUGGGACAGGUAAGGAGGAAAAAACUGUUUUCUUGGGGUUCAGGAAAAGUGGAGAAUGGCAAACUUUCCUGAGAAAAUAACUCACUGGACUAAUCAAUUACUUUCCCUUACUCUGUUCAUUCCUAAAAAAGUUGUGACCUAGAUGCACUUGAAGCAUACAUAAAAUAACAUUCCUGUGCAGAUUACAGGAGGUAGUUUUGCUUGUUUGGCAAAGUUUCUCAGGCUUUUUAAUAAUUUUUAAAAUGCUGUAACCUUAAAUCAUCCAUUCAACCACAAUGUCUUUUAGUGGCCUGUAGUAACUAAUCCUUACCUACCCUGAUAGGGUCUGCAUAUCCAGCUUCCUUUUUUACACUGUGUCUUCAUAUUACUUCUAAUAAAUAGAUUUUAAUAUCUGCAUAAUAAAAUAAAUAUGAGGCAUUGUGAUAUCUGAUUCUACUUCUCUUUAGAGUAAUAAGUUACAGGCAAGUUGGUAAAUUAACACAAAACUUAGAAUAACAAUUAGAGAUUAAAGACAGAACAGUAGGAAUCAGGAAAUUGCCUGUGGCAAGAGAAAUUAACUCAAAACCUUGCUCUAAAAGGAUUUAAAAUAAAUCCCAGAGCUCGUGGAUGGAGGCUCCUCCCAGUGCCUAAAGGGGGAGGCUGGAGGGGGCAUUUCCACAAGGGCUGGGGGUGACAGGGCAGGGGGAAAUGUCCUUAAGCUGAAGGAGGCCAGCUUUAGAUGGGAUUUUGGGAGGAAAUUGUUCCCUGGCAGGGUGGGCACAGGUGCCCAGAGCAGCUGUGGCUGCCCCUGGAUCCCUGGCAGUGUCCAGGGCCAGGCUGGACAGGGGUGGGAGCACCUGGGACAGUGGAAGGUGUCCCUGCCCAUGGCCAGUAUUGGAACAUGAUCAUUAAGGUCCCUUCCCAGCCAAACCAUCUCAUGAUUCCCGGGUGCCUGGCAGUUUCUGAUCAUGACCAGAGCCGUGGGGCUCUCCUGAGAUGCUUCAUGCUGUGAGAAACACACCCCAAGCGGAGCAAAUAGUUUUAUUCCAGAUACAAUCUCUCUGCUCUCACCUUUUACUACCAAUGUCUUUAUUUAGCAGCAGCAACGUUCUUCUGAACAAAGCCUGGGCCCAAGCUGCACCCUGGAGCAAUCCAUCACUUGUUGCCACAAUGGUGUUUCUAUUGUUAAUUGUUUGUCAGGGCAGCUUUUUGGGGUUAGACAGUGCAGUGAUUUAGUAUGGCAGCUAAUCAGCUCUGAAAAUAUAUUCUCAAAAUAAAUUAGAUCAAAAAAAAAAAAACCAGCUUGAAAAGUCUAUUGGUCUGGAUGCAAUCCUUUGGGACUGCUGAGCUCCCUCACAAAGCCCCAGCUGGUCUGGGAGCUCCAGAGGUUCAGUGCUGCUCUGCUCCCAUGGAGCUGGGUGAGGAGAUCUGCACAGCACACACUGCUCUGUGUGCUUCUGGUCAGGGUUAUUAAUGGCUCAUUUUUCAUAAGCAUAAAGAAAUACAAGAAACAUCCCCAUCUAAAAUGAAAAAGAAAGGUUGCCUGUCUUUUUUUUUUCUUUUUUCCUUUUUUUUUUUUUUAUUUUAAGAUGGCCUCUGAUAACAGGAAUUCACAAGGGAAAAUGUGGUUAAAAGCCCAUUUUGUAACUAGAUCCUAGAUGCACAUACCAUCAAUACUCCAACUCUGGCUCCCUUUUAUCAGGCUAAUCAUAGCUGCACUGUUUUGUCAAAACAUCUCCUGUAGAAGUCAGACCAGAGCGUCCUUUCAGUAGCAAAAAUGUGAGGUUAAUAUACCAACUCUCCCUGUAUUAAGAAUCUCCUGCCUCCUAAAAGCGCAUGGGAAAAAAGAUACUAUAAAUAAAUAAAUAACAUUCACAAAGCCAGGUAAUUUCCUGGGCUCUUCUUGGCCCACUGCUGAUAAGUGCCACUGUCAGCAGUGAGCCACGGUGACUGCCCAGCUCCGCCGUGGGGCUGCAGAAGGAGCAAUCCAAUGCUGCAGAGCUGCAGAAGGAGCAACCCAAUGCUGCAGAGCUGCAGAAGGAGCAAUCCAAUGCUGCAGAGCUGUUCCCUCAGUGGAGCCCAUGAGGGACAGAGCCAGGCAGGGUGAGAGCUGCCUGCCCUGCCUGGCAGGACUGAGCACAGCACCUUCCCUGCCAGGCUGGGCACUGUGGCAGCACAGAGGUGCUGUGUGCCCUGCUGGGAUCCCCUUCUGACCAUCCAUGCCGUGACACUGGCACUGUGAGCUCAGGCCAGCGGUCAGAGAGCCCAGGACACCCCUGAGAGGGCAGCUCUGAGCCCAAUCCCACCCAGGGGAGCUCAAGGUUGGCCCCCAAGCCAGGCACAGGGACACCCCAAUGUGGCAUUCACAUGCUCUGGACAGAGGGACACAGUCCUGUCUCUCAGGAGAAGCACAGAGAGAAGAAGAGAAUACAAUCUUUAUCUCUGCUCCUUUGUUUUCCCCAUGUGGAAUGUGGUGUGGGGAUUUUUUACGUGCAGGGAUUGCUGGGUUGGAUUCUGGUGAAGGGUGUUUGGGGUCAGUGACCAAUGGGACCCAGCUGUGGCUCGGGCUCUCAGCAGAGAAUCACGAGUUUGACUUAGGUAAGUAAAAUGUCAGUAUAUAGAAUAAUAUAGUAUCUCUUUGAAUAGUAUAUUAAUAUAAUAUAGUAUAGUUUUAAUAAAGCUAUCCUUCAGCCUUCUGAUCUGGAGCCAGACACCAUCAUUUCUUCCCUGGAUCCGGGGCUCACUGCAUUUUUCACUCUACCCCACAGUCAGUGCAUCCAGGGAGCAGAAGGAGUUUGGGCAAGCACAGGUGCCUGGCACCCAACUACCUGCAGCUUCAUCUGAUUGGGAACUGACAGGCUCAGAGGGCUUGGGGGUGUGAUGGGGACGGGGAUGGAUGAUCAGAAGUCAGUAGAAGAUUUGGGAUGAGGAAAGAGGCGCUCUGAUUGCAGCAUUUGAGUUUUACUGACUGUUCAGUGGUGUGGGAGAUGCAGCUUGUUCGUGGUGCAGUGCUGUUCAGCACCAGGCAGGCUCUCCUCUGGCACAGCCUCCAACAUAUCUUGUGGCUUUUGCAGCUGGACAUGGCCUCAGAAGCUCCUGAAAACAUGGUCCAGGGUUUCCCUAGGUUUGAGUUUGCUCAGAUGUUUUAAUCCAAGUACAAAUAAAGGAAUACUUCACAUCCAAA